UAUCAUGUUACCAUAGCAACAGCAUAGCCACCACAGCUCGUCUAUGGACUCUGUGCGGUAAGCUAGCUGACUAGCUACCUGUGAAUAAACUUCGCUAAAGUGGCCUGCUGAUGAUUUGUUAGCCACAGAGAUAGAGCGCUUACUUCAGGACUUUUAAGCAGCGUCUGAACACGGCAGGAUGUCGAAUGAUCUUGCUGGCGUGUGGGAGGUGGCACUGAGUGAUGGAGUCCACAGGAUAGAGUUUGAACACGGCACGACCACCGGAAAGAGGGUCAUCCUCAUCGAUGGAAAGGAGAUCCUGAGACGAGACUGGAUGUUCAAGCUUGUGGGGAAGGAGACAUUCAGUGUGGGCAAGUCGGAAACCAAGGCGACCAUCAACAUCGAUGCAGUCAGCGGUUUUGCCUACGAGUACACCUUGGAGAUCAACGGGAAGAGCCUGAAGAAGUACAUGGAGAACAGGUCAAAGGUCACCAGCACGUGGGUUCUCAACCUGGACGGCACUGACUGCAGGGUGGUCCUGGAGAAAGACACCAUGGAUAUUUGGUGUAAUGGACAAAACAUAGAGACUGCAGGGGAGUUUGUUGAUGACGGCACGGAAACACAUUUCACACUGGGAGACCACAACUGCUGCGUGAAGGCUGUGAGCAGCGGGAAGAGAAGAGACGGGAUCAUUCACACGCUGCUGGUAGAUGGCACAGAGAUAGCUGAGUGCACAGAGUGACUGUGUAUGUGAAAGCAGAGAUCUGGUUUGUACGUGUGACUCUUGGUGUCUGUGAAGAGUAGAGGAAUCUCAUAUAAAGCUGUUGGGGGUCAGGGACCAGCUCAUAUACACUCCUAUGUUUGGAUGGCCAUGCUUGUGAGGGUAUAUUACCCAUACAUUGGUACUGCAAAUGUUGUUGUGUAACUAAUAAACCACAAGAGAAAGACGAGACCUGCUGUCUGGGCAGUUAUAGGGGACAGGGUGCAGCCAUGAAUUUCAGUCAGAAAAAAAGGAUUUACUGUAUGAAAAUGUAAUUUUCACACUGAAAUACUGUCUUGAGUUCUAAACAUGUACAGAUUUUAAAAGUGGGCAGUGGGCCUCCAAAUAGUUUCUGGUGAAACUCAUUGAAUGGAAAUGGAGAUAAUAGCCUAUUUCCUGUGACAUCACUCUCCGGGUGGAAAGCUGAAAUGUCAUGCUUCUUUGUUCCAGGUAGCAAAUCCUACAAACGUAGGGAAUCUGACAAAUUUCUUUUCUCAGCAACUGCAGAAAGAAUAGAUGAUGAAAAUCUGGAGAGACCAUAUUUUAUGGUAAAAACAACAAACUUUAUAACCCAUUGGCUUCCAGUAGACAACAGCUAAAGUUAGCAUUAAAGGUACCACUAGUAGUGUGGGCUAGGAAGUGGUUGAAUGCUAACGUUUGACGAAUUCUAUUUGUUAGAUUUGCUAUGUGUAUACGACGUGUAACCUGGAACACAUCAGCAAGACUUUAUCCCAGGAUUCGAGCGUAGCAUCCUUAACGUCUAGUCUUCUAGAACUCUGUGAGGUAAGACUUACAGGCCGUGUGAACACACAGCAAUGUAACAUGAGUCUGCAACCUAGUGAGCACAGAAAAGCAUCAAUGACAUAAUCAGGAUCCCACAGUGAGCAAGCCUUUGUCUGACGGUGAGGCCCACAACCUGACUUUGAAAACCCCUGAUGUCAACACAGAAUUUCAGUGCUUUUAUCAAUACUGGAGGCCAGAUGUGCCAUAUUUAUCUAACUCAGCCUGGCUUUGCCCUGCAGUCGAUUACAUGAGCAGCUGGUGUUCUGAAACUGUUGUUACUUUGUAGAAAACAGCCCCCCACUGUACAACAACAGGGCUCAGUAAUCCCAAGACUCAUCCUGUUCCCUCUGCUCUCUGUGCUCGCUUUCUUGUAUUUUUUUUAAUGUUGCGCAGUAGAAGGUCAAAUACCAGGGUACAAGAUGAUUCCUUGAAUGUAGCAUCACUCUAGCAUGCACUGCUCGGGAGUGAUCUUUGUUUUAGUCCUAUGUUGACGUGUUAAGUGGUGUUUGUAUGAUCAGCCAGUUGAUAUUACUGUAACAUGUAAUUAGCUUUUAGCAGGCUGCUGUAGAUGUGUCAAAACAUCCUCGUCUACAACUAAAUAGCUGUUACAACUUCAUAGACAAUCACUCAGAUGUGACUUUACUGCCUGUAGUGUAUCACACACAGCUGAAGUAAAUCGCUUGCUGAUAUUCAUUAAUACUUUGGAGACUGUGUCAUCCUCAGAGAUGUGUGGAAGUCUGUUGUGCUGUCAAAUGAACUGUUUUCUAUGUACAGGCCAGAUGCUGAUGCGCUUAUACGGAUUUAAAGAUGAACAUUUUUAUAGUUAUAACUUAAAUAAUGAAAAUUUCUCCAGCGUAUCUCUGUUUGUUUACAUUUUAAAAAGAGUGGCAUUUACUAUUUAUUGUGCACUAGUGAAAUACAGUGUGUCUGGUUUGGCCAAUAGAAAAACAGAAAACAUCUAAGGUCCACCCACUUGACAAAGUCUCCAUGACAACAGGGAAACUACAUCCACUGGUCACUGUGAGAUGCAGCUGAAAGCUCCAGUAAACACUACUAAAUGGACCUUGAGGAAUAUUUUUUUGUAUGUGAUUGAACUAUAUCCAAGAUCAAGGAUGAACUUUAAUGCUCAAUAGACUGUGUUUUCAAAGACUUGUGUUACUGCAUCAUUAAAAAUCAAUUUCAUAUCCCAUAUAAAAGAUUUAUGUUAAUAAAUGUCUUUCAUUUUG